GGUAUAAAAACCGCUUUGAGGCCCGCAGCCUCCAACCCCAGCCGCGGGUCGGGACACCCAGUCAGCCCUCGCUCGCUCUCUGUCUCUGCAGACGGCGCCAUGGGGCUCAGCGACGGGGAGUGGCAGCUGGUGCUGAACGUCUGGGGCAAGGUGGAGGCUGACGUCGGGGGCCACGGGCAGGAAGUCCUCAUCAGGCUCUUCACUGGUCACCCUGAGACUCUGGAGAAGUUCGACAAGUUCAAGCACCUGAAGACAGCGGACGAGAUGAAGGCAUCUGAGGACCUGAAGAAGCAUGGCACCACUGUGCUCACUGCCCUGGGGGGCAUCCUCAAGAAGAAGGGGCAGCACGAGGCGGAGAUUAAGCCCCUGGCCCAGUCGCAUGCCACUAAGCACAAGAUCCCCAUCAAGUACCUGGAGUUCAUCUCAGACGCCAUCAUCCAUGUUCUGCAGAGCAAGCAUCCUGGGGACUUUGGCGCCGACGCCCAGGGAGCCAUGAAAAAGGCCCUGGAGCUGUUCCGGAACGACAUCGCAGCCAAGUACAAGGAGCUGGGCUUCCAGGGCUAAGCACCUGCUGCCCCACCCCCACCCUCCCGGGCCCUGGGACCCAGGGAGGGGGGCUGAGUCUCAUGUAGCCAUGUAGAGUUUGCUUUUGAGUGUCUGCUUGGUUUACGAGAGGUGGGCAGGAGAGGCUGAGGGGCUGGGGGUGGGAUGUUCAAGUUGGCUUCGCACACCUGGCAACGGGGCUCCCUGCGGAACGUCAUCACCCCGGGAACCGGGAGACCUGGGGCCCUUUGUCACUGCGGCCUGCACAGCCUGGGUCAGACUUAAUUCUCCUUUCCUCCAAAUCCCAACUCAAUUCCUUCCGACCUCCAAACUGACUUUAACCUCAAAUCCAAGCCAUGAGCUAAGCCCCAGCCAUAAUCAUUCUCUGAUUCAUCACCGGCCACUGAAAAGGCAGCGGAAUGUCCCUUUGCAAGGAGGAGGAGAACCGGGCAGGGCAGGGCAGCCAGGGAAGCGUUCGGUAUCUGGAACAUGCAUGUGCCUUCUCAGGUAUUGGGGUGACUCACCUGGUUCUAAUAAAACACCCUGCAACA